AUGUCGCUCGCGCUUAGAUUUGGUGCAGUUGCAUCACAUCAACCACUGAUGUGGAAUGUACUCCCCAGAAUUCCCCAAAUAUCCAUACGUCUAGGUCUUCUUGGACGAUCAUCCUGUCCUCAUGACCAUGACCAUGACCAUGAACAACAACAUCAAGAUCGCCGCUUAUCAGAAUUGCAAGAACAACUCGAAACAGACACGACUGAUGAACCACCUUUCAUGAUUGAUAACGGAACGAUUUUACGUGCAGCACCUAAAAAGAAAAUGUCAUAUCGUAGGAAAAGAGUCAAGUUGUAUACACCAGGAAACAAGCAAAUCCAACCGUUGAACAAUAUAGUCAGGUGCCCUGCAUGCGGCGCUGUUAAACGAUCUCAUUUUAUGUGUAUGAAUUGUUUUGUUGAAAUCAGAUCGUUUUUGAAAAAAUUGAAACGCCAAGAUGGUGUAAUUAAAGAUGUAAACAAAAAUCCACAACUGGAUUUGGAUCCUAUCGAUGAAAGAAUUAUAUAUCCAGGUAAACGUGAAAGCGAUAAUGAAAGAGAAUUGAAAAAGAAGGAAUGGAUACCACAAAGAGAAGAAGCUCUAUUAUUUGACAAGAAUCAUAUAAUUCAUAAAAAGAAGUGA